UACAGUGAAAUUUUCAAAUGUUAUUAUUAUUAUUAUUUUGAAAAAAAAUGGUAGCUCCUAUACCUGGCAGUUUGGUGGAAUGUAUCAUAAUAAUAAUAAAAGCUGGUGAGACUAUUGAUUCGUAUGGAUUACAUAUUGCCUACAUCAACAAGUUCGUCUUCUUCUUCUCUCGGCGUGUCUAGCUCAAUUAUUUUUCAUGGAAACCGAAAUCCUGAAGGGCUGUCAUCGUCGCUCAUCUCUGUACUUCUCCUUAACAUCGCUAAUGAGGCUGCUACUCGUCAGUUACGCACUGUCUUUAUUCGUAAAGAAGCAAUUUUGGAGUAUGAUUUCGUUCAUAUACAUGGAUGUAGUAGACUAGACACUUCGAAUUGGGACGAUAUUCAUUUUGUCUACCUACCAUCUGAAGAUGCAUUGAUUCGUUGGUUUUCAAGCGUCCAUAUGCAGCAACGAUUUGCUGAUCUUAUUAUCGUUGAAGCAUUGGAUCAAUUAGUAAAAAAUAACAAGGAUUCUUCCUAUAUCAUUCGGUUAACCAAUCUCUUAGAAGAUACACGACAGUUUAUUCAUAAUACUGUAAAAGAUACUGAACAUGGUCAUAAUUGUGGACUGAUCGUUUCUAGUGCUAUAAAUAACUUCUGUGAUUUGAAAAAGAUGAAUUUAGCUUCACCUACGCAUGAAUUAUUUCCAGCUCACGCUUUAGCUAGAACAUAUUUACUUCAUGAAGAAAAUGAGGAUAACUGUUUCCAACUUCAUUCAGUUGAGGACAACUGGCGGUUAAAUAUUAAGAAACAGUACGAUGAAGUAUUUUGGAUAGCGAAGGAUUAAUUACUUGUGGAUGGGGAAAAGCUAAGGAAGGCAUAUGAGAAUUAAUGUUUUUCCUGCUAAGUCUAAUGUACAGAUACAUAAAACAGUAUUUUGUAUUCAGUUUUCUAUGUAUAUGUACGCCUAUCAAAUCACAUUCC